UAUCAUGCAAGCACACCUAGCAUUCCAUCUCACAUGAAAGCUUGGACCUACUCUGAAUAUGGUAACAUUGAAGACAUUCUCAAGUUUGAUCCUAAUGAACCUGUACCAGAACUCAAGGAUGAUCAGGUUCUCAUUAAGACUUCCCCUGGCUAUGACGUUGCGGGUGUGGUAGUGAAAGUGGGAAGCAAAGUGAAGAAGUUCAAAGUUGGAGAUGAAGUGUAUGGCGACAUCAAUGAGAAUGCAUUGAAGAACCCAAAGGCCAUAGGGUCACUAGCAGAGUAUACUGCAGCCGAAGAGAAAGUGUUGGCUCACAAACCCUUCAAUUUGAGCUUUGUUGAAGCCUCUAGCCUCCCUUUGGCAAUCAUCACUGCCUACCAAGGACUUGAAAGAGCUUCUCUUUCUUCCCAAAAAUCUAUCCUUGUUCUUGGAGGUGCUGGUGGAGUUGGAACUCAUGUUGUUCAGCUUAGCAAGCAUGUGUUUGGAGCAUCAAAGGUAGCAGCCACAGCCAGCAGUGGCAAAUUGGAACUGUUGAGAAAUUUGGGAGCAGACUUGCUUAUUGACUAUACCAAGGUCAAUUUUGAAGAUCUUCCAGAAAAGUUUGAUGUAGUGUUCGAUGCAGUUGGUCAAAAUGAGAGGGCAUUGAAAGCUAUCAAAGAAGGGGGCAAAGUUGUGACAAUAGUAGAACCUGAAAUUCCUCCUGCUAUUUGGUACUUACUCAAUUCAGAAGGUGUUGUGUUGGAGAAAUUAAAACCUUACUUGGAGAGUGGGAAGAUCAAGCCAAUAGUGGAUCCUAAAAGUCCUUUUCCAUUUUCUAAUGUCGUUGAAGCAUUUGCCUACUUGAAGACUCAUAGAGCCACCGGCAAAAUAGUCAUACACCCCAUCCCAUGAACAUAAAUUGAUUAUAAAUAUUAAGAUAUCCAUGUCUCUGUGUUCUUAAUUAGUUAGUUUCCGUUGUUUUGUUGUGGCUAUGUAAUAAAAAGAAAAGA